CACCAGUAUUGUGCCAUGCCCUAGCGAACGGACGGUGGCAACGAACAACUGUUUAUGUAAACUUUGUGUCAAGUGAAUAACUGUUUCAAAAUACAUACAUAGUGUUACUUCGCGUUAAAUAACAUCUCGCGUAUCAAUCGCGUUGUGGCCACGCUAGUUCCCAUAAAAUUAUUCGUGCUUCUUCCGUGCAAAGCACAAUUAUGACGAUUCCAGUGCCUUACAUCCUGUGAAAAAAAAGGUUGAAAAACAUGUUUUAAAUUAGUCAGUUGAUUGUUUCUUUAGUUUUGUUGUUGUUUAUCAGUGUAAAUAACAGUUUUAAAACUCUCUUCCAUAUUAACGAGAAAGCUUUAAGUGUUCUGUGAUUAAAAAUACUGUUUAUGUGCAUGUAAAUAAAAAGUUUUCUAGUGUGUUUGACUAAUCAAAAAUGUCUUGUAUCUCGACAUGAUUACGAAUAAAACUAACAGAGUGCAAGCUAUUAAAAGUAAAUUUGAGAGCCUGAAUCACGAGAGUGAACCACUAAUUGUGAAAAAGUCUCAGCGAGAACAGCUGGGUAAACAGAAGUCAUACCCCAUUCAAAAUGGUGGCAGUUUCGAAGAACAGUUCCAUAAGGAUAGUUACGACAAAUCGUCGUUUAAUGACAAAAUGCGGCAAGAAUCUGACUCAUCCGCCGAAGACUGGCCGGCUACACCAAACCUAAGUUAUUUAUACAAUAAAAGUGACGUGAAACGCAGUGUAAGUGAUAUAAAAACAUCCCUAACCCGACAAUCCAGUGACCCUGGCAAGAAACUCCAUAGAAGUCACGCGUUUCGCUGUGACAGGAGCAAGAUCCAGCCUCAAAGACACGGCAGUUGCAACGGCAGAAGUGAAACCAGUGAUUUUACACUAAAAAUGGAUAAAAAGCUAAGUAACGAACGGUUAAAAAAACUUGGAAACUUGUUAGAAGAUCAGAUGAAGAAAGAAAACUUUGUAGUGCCAAAAAAUAGCUCCGUCUUACAUGACUCUAUACCGAAUUCUGAGGUGCCAAAACAUAUUCUAGAUCAGUAUGCAAUGGUUAUUAAAAAUAGAAAAAAAGAAGAGGCGAAACAAGAGGCCAUGACGGACAGCGGAGUUAGUUCAGAGACUGAAAAUUUAGAUGAUGACAGAUCUAAUAGAGUUAAGAAGUUAAAAUCUCAUUUUGAGGCUGAGACGGAGCCCGACAAAGAUUCCGAAGAAUCUAAAGAUUCUAUGACUGAUUUAAAAGACUCUGUCAUUGGAACAGAAUUAGGGUCAAAAGCAUGCUUAGAAUUUAAACCAAACUUGUCUUCUAUGAAUGACUUGUGUGCUUCCAGUGAAACUAUGCGUUUAGAACGCAAAAACCCACAUCUAAUCCUAACUGAUACUUUAAAGAAAGCUCUUAAACAGCCGCUACCGUCUGGUCCGCCUCCGAAGAAACCACCCAGAAUUUUAGUGACACCGGAGAAGAAAAAAGACACAAAACAAAUGUUGCAAAAGUUAGAACAAGUCUUAGAGCAGAGGGAAGCGCAGAAAGUUAAAAAUAUCUAUGAUAUAGCUGAGACUAACUUAAGUUUACAGAGGCCGAAAGAAAUGCACUAUUUGUGUACUGAAAUUUUAGAUAUUACACAUAGAACUCUAUUACCAAAUCAGACACAGAACGAUUCACUUGCCAAUUGCUUUAAUGCUCUAAACUGUGCUAUCGGCAACUCAACAACAAGUCUACCAUACACAAGAUUGAGCGAAACGUUUAACUCAAACCGUAACUCUAGAUUUUGUUCGUGUAGCGAUGAAAGUUUACACAUAGACUCCUUUUUGAAGGAGAAAUGUUGGAAAUGUGUCGAUAAUGAUGGGAAAAACUUUAAAUGUCAUUUAAAAUGUAAAUGUAAGAAGGAUAAGUCUGAAUUUUUUGUGGAAAAGGAGCAUGUGUAUGAUGUACCGAUCAUUGAGAAGAAAUAUGGAACUAUCAAUAGUUCAAAGAUGAAACAGAGGAGUUUGGAGAGUCUUAAGAUGGAUGAGGAAAUAAUCUACGACACCCCCCACCACUCCCGCCCCACCACCCCCGAGACGACCGACUUCCAAAAACUGCGCGACAGCUUCGAGAAACCGGCGCUGAAACCGAAACCGAUACUGAAACCGAAAAGUUUCGAGAAUAUUUGCGAGUCGGGGCAGCAGACGAGGUUUAAGAAAUACGCCACGGAGAGGAAGAGUAGAAGGCUGGAUGGGAGUGAAGUGAGAUUUGGGAAGGAGAAGAGCGUUCAACUGGACGUGGACAGACAAAAUUUGAAUCGCCUAAUGAACGAGAUAUACGAAACUGUCUCCGCAUGCAACAUGGAUGAGAACAAGCCAGGCAGCUUCCCGACUGAAUCAUCUGACAGCACCAGCGAAGAUUCAGUAAAACUGACCCGCAAUCUCACCGAAAAGCGCAAAAACUACGUCCGUCGAGUAUCCUCGCGCGUGGCCUACACGGACCCUAAGAACAGAACAAGGUUUAGGCACCAAACCUCAGAUUGUUCCUAUAAAUCUGACACGACCACUGAGGCACCGCGGUAUUCUACAUUCCGGUCUUGGAAAAGUUUUAGGACAUCGCAAGUGAAUGUGAACGAUAUGGACUCUGAACCCCCAGAGCUUACAGAGAGGGGGGUCGACGACAAAACGGGGUGCGGGGGGGUCGGGCAGAGCGGAGGCCUGUUCGACGCGUGUCUGCUCGUCGGCCUCAACUGCAUGGCAGGGGAGGCCUAUGUCAAGAGCGUGUUCCCUAAACAAGUGCAAGUGCCCCCACACAUAGAAAACCUGGUGUUUCCCGAAACCCUAAGCUCGGCCUGCAAAGAAUGGGCGCCAGAGGCGAAAAGUGCCCAGUGCUACUCCCUAGUCCUUACUGACGAGAGAGGCGAACGGUCCUAUGGUUACUGCCGACGUGUGCUACCAGAGGGCGCUACAGUCUGUCUACCAUUAUGCUACUGUAUUAUAGGGAAAUACAGAGCGCCUGGGUUUUAUUAUAAGGUGCUCCAAGAAAUAGAAUCUCACCACGGCAGCUCAGACGUGGAAAUAAACAGCAUACUCCAGCAGCUGUUCCACACCGACUUCCCAUCGCCAGGAGACGAGCUGACGGUCCACCACGUUCGUCCUACAAGAAGCAGUCUACAUAUAGAGACGGCAAAGGCGAAAACAAUGCCGGAUUUCCGGCAUACUGUCACUGAGAAGGAUAUGGCGGCGUUUUAUGAUUUUGAGGGCAUGAAGGAAAAUCAAAGGACACGGACCCUAAAACGGCCUCUAGAACCCAGAGCUGAUGAAGACAACGUGUCCAUAUUAUUGGACACUCUGGGCGCCGGUCUGCUGAUCAAGGUCUUCGGCUCUCUAUUGCUGGAAAGGAAAGUCAUCAUCAUCAGUGACCAGUUAAGCCUGCUCUCCUCAUGUCUCGAAGCCCUCCAAACCUCCCUGUACCCCUUCGUGUGGCAGCAACCCCUCAUCUCGGCCAUCCCGGCUGAAAUACAGAGGGACGUGUUAGAAGCCCCCCUGCCUAUGUUAGCGGGGCUACUGAAGACAGGAGACUUGGAUACUAGUGGAGUGCUUUUUGAAGAGGGCAUGCUGAUAGACCUAACCCAGCACUCGAAAGUGAUAUUCUACUCAGGCGACGAAUCCACAAUACUACCAACAUACAGCUAUAAAUCCCUCAAAACUACCAUACAAAUGGAAACGAGACAGAAAGACAAGCAGGACACGAAGACCAGAAAUGUGAUGAUUUCCGAGGCCUUCCUUAGAUUCUUCGUUGAUGUGCUGGGGGGGUACGAGAAGUGCUUUAAAGAGGGGGUGAGGGGGGACGGGGAGAUGGGGAACUGUGGGGUUGUUUUUGAUAAAGAAAACUUCAUAAAAAACGCCCCAUCAAAACAGAACCAAUACUUUCUGGAAUGGUUCACCGAAACCGCCAUGUUCAACCAUUUCAUACAAAACAUGGCGGCCAUACAUACAAACAAACAGAACAACAAUGUGCCGCUAGUCGACACGCCUUUGCCUAACUUCUAUGAGUUAUUCGAGGAAAGAGUCAGCAGUAGAGGAAGAAUGGAAAGGAUGGAUGGUAAGGGCUAUUAUAAGACGGCUAUGAAUAGAAAGGUUAGAUUAUUGAAAACUAAAUUGAGGGAGUUAGUUAAUUAGUUAUUAGUUUUUAUUGUAAGUUAUUGGAAAAAAAAAAGAAUUUCUGGCCACCUGUUAGUAACUGGCCACCCUGAACUAAAAAUGAAUUCUAUUCACCUAUAAACAAAAUAGGGUAACUGUAUUUGAAUUAAAUUAUAUUACACCAUGCAUGAAAUAAAGCACUAGAUAAUUAUUGGAAAAAGAUAGGAGUUAUUUUUAAACACAAGUUCUAUUUAAUAAAUCGGAUAGAAAUAUAAAAAGUAAGUGAGUUGACGUCACGAUGUAAUGUUUCAUAUAAAUUCCAUAUUAGCAAAUCGUUUUGACAGUUCUAAAAAAGUAACUGAUUUGACUAGUAGGAAAAUACCCUAUUCAUUUUAGUAUAAGGUGGCUAGUUAUUGAAGGCUGGCCAGUUAUUGAAACCUUAUACUAAAAUGAAUUCUAUUUAUAUGUGAAUAGAAUUCAUUUUUAUUUUAGGGUGGCCAGUUAUUAGCCGGUGGCCAGUUUACUGGCGAAUUACCCUACUAUUAUUAUGUAUAAUUGGACAAUAUCAUCCGUACAAUUAUGAUGUUAAUCUCAUAACUGGUUUUAAUGUAUUUGAACACUUUUCACACGAAAGUUUUAUUUUUAUUUUGCAUAUGUCGCAAAAUGCAUUCAAAAGACAUUAAAUUAUUAUAAUAGUUGGUUACGUAAUAGUACAACGUUUUACAUUACAUACGGCCCGUAAAUUUUCGAAGUAGUUACGUAAUGUGCUUAUUAUAGCACAGGGUAUCGUAAUGAAGCACUAGGUGUACUGUAAAAUAUUGUUUUGGAAAAUGAUUAGAAAUCCUUGACGUCUUGAAGUUUUCUGUCUAUUUUAACUUAAAAUGUACAGAACAAAAUGAGGAUUAAUGUUUUUUAUAACAAUGAAUUUCUUUGACAAUAUCAUAUACAGAUGUAGUUCAUAAAUUCAUAAUUGUUUUCCAUCGUAUUUUCUCGGAAACGUUAGUAAUACAAUUUCGGAGUACUAAAAAUAAAGAAUAGUGCCUUUUCAUUCGAUGUUUUUUAUCUAUUGCCUUUAUCGUGUGAUAAAUCUGGUAUGGCCUUACCCCCUUAUUCAUAAACGUUUACUAAAGUUGAGAAGCCGAUAAUGAUCGUUUGUCCCUUUCAGUCGUAUUGGUAUGAUGGAAAGGGACAAACGAUUAUUAUCGGCUUGUCAACUUUAGUAGACGUAUAUGCAUAAUGGGGGUUAAUUUUUGUCACAUUAUCAACUACUUACAGAAGCAGAAUAUGUGGCAUUUGGUUUUUUGAUAAAAAUGCUAAUAUGUUAGUGUUUGAGGCUUUUUUACAGUUAAAUAAAGUUAUAUCGAAAAGUGUGACUGAUGUGUAAAUGAAUUGUUAUUGUUAUGUUAGGGCAUACUGAAAAUUCCUGGAACUGGCCACUUAGAAUAAAUAAGUCGUCUCAUAUCAGAGUCCAGAAAUUUUCAGUAUGGCCCACGUAUUUCAUUGGUAAUUGAUUUACUAAGAUCGAUUACAAAAAAUAACUUAAAAUAUGAAAUUGAAUUAAGAAGGAGUUUACUUAUUUAAUAACAUAAUAAUAGUACAUUAUUGCAGAGGCCGGGAAAGGGCAAUUCGUGGAUGAGUUUCGAUUUUGUCGGACGACGCGAAGCGGAGUCCGACAAAGAAGACGAAUCCACGAAUUGCUAUUCCUGCCGAGGCAUAUAUAGUGCUUUUCUCCAAACAUGCGAGGAAAUAAGCUAAAAUAAUUAUUAUUUAAGCAUCAAGCAUCACUCAAAUCAAACCUUCACAUCCAAAAUGUCAAAAACAAUUUCCCUCUUUAAUUAAUUUUUAAAAGUUAAAGGCACAAACUUAUUCUGCCAUUCAGUACCAUUCAAUAUUCGUUCAUUCAAUAUAAUUGCGCAAUAUAGUUUGUCAAACCAACUUUUCAGUCAGUAAGAACCAGGAAAACUACACCCAUCCUUUUCUUUUGGGUGCUAGUACUAGUGUAAGACAAAGAUAGUAUGAUUCUCUUUGUCUAUGUUUGAAAUGAGAAAGUCCUUUGACAAACUAUGUAAGCUUUAUGAACACGGAUGAGAUUUAAAAAAAAUAUAAAAAUAAUCUUUGAUUUUAUUAAGCAGUAUUCGCACGAUCAUACACGUGAAAUGAUAGCUGAUCGGGUCGUGUAGAAGCGGCUCGCGGCAAUAAUAAUUGACUGUUUGCGUUUUUUAUUAUUAAAAAGUAAAAAACACUACAGUAAUAAGUUAUUACUGUAGUGUUUUUUUACUUCCCGUCCGCUAGAACAGGACAGCGAUAGUUUGAUGUUUUUUAGUUAGAGUUUGACAUUAACGAAGAACUUCCCGUACUAUUUUUGCUACAGUAAGGUGAACAUUUCCGAGCAUAUUGGAGAAAAAACAAUUACCUAAGUCGCAGUCGCUCGAUAGGGUGCCCAUUAAAUAAGUAAACUCUUUUUUUAGUUUCAAGUGAAUAAAAAUUAAGAAUGCAGUUUUUAAUAAUGAACAGUUUAUAUAUUGUAGCAUACAAAAAAAAUUACGUUUAUUUUAUCGCCAUUUUAAUGGAAAUGGAUUGGGAAAUAAAAUUAAAAGAAAUGCAUGAUUUCAUAUCAAUAUCACGUAUCAGUGCUUACUGCUUACGGAAAGGAUCAAAUAAUGAAUGAUCUUGAACAAAAUUAUAACGUUAUCUAUGAAAAGGGACCUUAUUGUCGAUGGCGCUUACGCCAUUAUUAACGAUGCUCCGAUAUAAAUGCAAUGCCGCGCGACGCUGUGCGGCGUUAGCGCCAUCGACAAUAAGGUCCCUUUUCAUAGAUAAUGCUUCAAUUAUUUUACUUAAUAAAAUCAAAUAAAUACAAUAAAAUGAAAUGUAUCUACAGUGUGUUUUUUAUUUCAAUUAAAUGAAAGUUUAUAUAUAUUUAAUGAUGUGCCACAAAAUCAAUAAUAGCUACACAAUAUUACACUAUAUGUACCUAACUGAUAGUAAAUAAUUUCAUGUCCUUAGAAUAGUUAAUAGUAUCUUAAAUAUUGGUCACUUUGUCUUCGAUCUUAGUAAUUUCAAACUGUAUGUUUUUCACGUUGAUUGAGUAUAUAUACACAAUAGUUUUACAUACACAUAUCAUACAAGCCUUAGAGAUGUGCCUGAAUUUGUAUAUUAUUUUAUAUCAUAGUUAUGUAAAACGUAUAUGAUAAUAAUUAUUAGGUAGUUUUAAUGCAAUAAAAUAAUGUUGUA